AGUCAAACAAAAUUUUAAAAAAAUUUCUCCAAAAUUCCUCUCUCAGAACAAACCAAUCAAUGCCGUAAAAUUUCAAGUCUAUAAAAUUUAAAAUAAAAAAAGUGGGAGCCUUCCCUUGUUUCCUCUUCCCAGUCGGUGGCUGAGACUCUGAACCCAAAGCUAACGCCUACUCAUCACAUCAUGCUCAUGGAAGAUGCCGAGGUAACCAAAUAACCGCCCAAUCCUACUUCUUCCUCCACCACCGUCACGCCGCCUACAACUCAUUUACAUACAUACAUAAAAUGGUGGCGUUGAAGAAGGCUUACGCGGAUAUAAUACUGAACACGGCGAAGGAGGCAGCUGCUCGCGUAAUGGUGUCGGAGCGUAAGGCUCUUCGCUUUCAUCACGAUCUGUGUGCCGCAAAAGACGAGGCUCUUCGAAUGCUCCUUCGCUUCAAACAGACGUUCGAUUCUAAGACCAUUGAAGCAGAAAUUAACUCCGUGAGUCAGCAAAAAAGGAUUGAAGAGCUCAAAGCACAGCUUGAUGAAGCAGAAGAGACAAUAUUAGACCUUAGAGCAGAGUUGAAAAAGGCCCAAAAUCACUUGGAUAAGGUGAAGAACAACCAUAUGCAGCCUCUGAACAAAUCAACUGAAAAACAAGAUGGGCCUUGUCAUGAAGGUACACCUUUCAAUCACAGAAAUAUGGAUUGCAAAUGCUGUAAUUCAGCAAAACUAAGUGAAUCAUUGAAGUCAGAUUUGGAGAACUCAUGUGUUGAUAACCCUAAUUUUCCUUCCAUAAUUGUGAAAAGCAAAGAACCCGAGUUGUACAAAAAUGGAUGCACUCAGAGGGUUCGUGCAUUUGAAAGGAACUUGCUGGAUGGAAACUUGCCUUCGUCUGGAAAUGGCAAUGAUCAACACUUUAUCAAAAAGGGUGAGUCAAUCACCAAGGUGAAUGAACAAAAUACAGAGAUAUGUACUGUACCACCUCCCAAGAUUGAAAAUAUAGAUGGAAUGAAAAACCCAACUCGUGUGGAAGACAAGUUGUGCAUUAAGAGUUGCACUUACAGGGAUCAACCUUUCAAGGUUCGCAACAUACGGAGGAGGAAAACUCGAUAUGGGAGAGCUAAAGCUACUUCAUGCAGGUUAAAUCCUAAUCUUGUAAAACCUCAUAGACCAUCCUCGGUUCUUUCUCAUUGCAAAACAUCUUCCUGUUCAAACAAUGAUAAUGUUAAAUCUGGUGAGGGAGCUUGUACUUUGCCUUAUAGUGAGGCCGAAAACAAGACUUCAAUGGAAAAUUCUUCCAGAUUGGAAGAAAAAGUGCAACAAAACAAAGAUCAGGCUCUUAGCGUUGUUCGCAGAAGCGUUAGGAAAAGAAAAGUCAAAUGUAGGGCUGCUAUUGCUACCUAUUGUAGGUCUCUUCCUGACCAGCUGGCAAAUUUGGAAAGUGAGACUAAAAUUAAAACUGAUGUUUCUAUGUCAGGAUCUACUGAUGUAACUCCUCAUAUCAACACAGUUAUAGCAUCUGGAUUUACUGGGAAUACCACAUUCAAGGACACAGGGCCAGUAGAUGAGGCUGUGUUGGUAAAACAGGGGGUUGAUGCUGCAGAGAGUCCCAGGGCUCCAAGUUAUAAAUCUAACCAGACGGACAAUAAACUACUGCAGGAUUCUAAUUCAAAAGAUGCAAAAACAUCUGAAGCAAUGAUUGAAACUUCCAGUGAAGCUGACAACAACAGGAUUGUUCAAGUAACACAUUCAGCAGGAAGCGCAAGAAAGAAUUAUCGACCAAGCCUAAUGAAAACACUUCUGUUGGAAAGAGCAAUGCAAAGAAGAGGGCAGUCGUAGAGAAACAAAAUGGUGCUCCAGAACCCCAGAAGGCUAGCUUGAUAGAUGAAUCAUCUAGGGACAGCCGACGGAUGGUGCAGGUGGCUCGUCAGCUUAUUUCUUUGUCUGGUAAAAGGUGGUGAUAGUUGAUUUGCUUAUUGCGUUGGCUAUUCUUAAAUUCCAUGCAGCAGAAAGUUGUCCUUGAUAAGAAACUUGACAACAUUGGUGAAGAGGUCAUCAAGACGAUGCAUUUCCAGAAUGGAUUGUGUGUGAAAUUCAUAAUUUUAACUGAGAGCAUUUGUUACCUACCAAACAAAGGAGAGAGAGAGAGAGAGAGAGAGCAUUGUUGUAAUCUUCUGUUUUUGUCCCUUUUACGUUUGGCUAUUUUGAAUUUAGCUACGGUUACUGUGAUUGAUUUCUCAUACUUGAUGGAGAUCAUUGGAGUUAAUUUAGAUUGGCAUUCAUGAGAUGAAAAGCUAAAUAGUUAUUAGUUUCUUUUGUAA